AUAAUUUACCUUGACAGUAUUCUGUUUAUUGUGUACAAAAAGAUGUUAGUCAUUUUGUAAUCUUGAUGACGUUUUAUUUUAGAAAUAAUCCAGAGUGCGUUGGCUAGAAGUGUGGGAACAAAAUUACGCUAUUAUGGACUUUGAUGUUGAUUAUGGCGUUCAAAGUAUUUUAGCGCAUGUGCAUUUUGUUGUUAUGGUGUAGUUAUGUUAGGAGACCGAUUGUAGGGCGCAUUAUAAUACAUUUUAAAUAAAAAUUAAAUUAAAAUAUUAUAAAAAUUGGAAAUAUGGAUAAUCCUGAAGAAAUUUUACAUAGUUUAGAAGAAUUUUCAAAAUUGAAACCGAAAGACAUUCCUCGAGAAUUAGAAGAGUAUCUCUCCUUUGUGGCAAAAACAGGUGAUCCAGUAUACCAAUGGGGUACAAUUAAAAGCUUAUUUCGUGAAAAGUUAAUAAAUGUGACUAGUGAAUUAUAUGAAUCUUGCCCAUCGAUGGAAAUUCCCCCCUGUCCAAACGUUGAAGUGUUCAACUAUGAAAAAAUGAAGAAUUUCAUUCUAGAAAAGUUAGACACCUUCGUUGCAGCACCUUUCACUGUCCAGAGAAUUUGUGAACUUCUAACAAGUCCUAGGAAAGAAUAUAACAGAAUCGACAAGUAUAUGCGUGCUCUUGAAAAAAAUAUACUAGUUGUAAGUACAAUUGAGCCAGGUAAUCGUAGAACAGAAAAUGGAGAAGGUAUUGUUAAUGGGAUAGAGUCUGACCAUCGUCGAGAAAAUCAAACUAGCAAUGAUAUUAAUGUGGAAGAUAUAGAAAUGGAAGAAACUCCAUGGCCUAAGAUGUCACAAUCUAGUGAGUCGAGUUACCAAGAAACCGAAGUGAAGCUGCCACAAAUUGAGGCAAUACAUUCUUUAGUUGAAGAGGGACAAAGUAGUGUAGAAGUGAAAAUGACCGAAGUCACUUGUACAGAAAAUUCCAUGGGGGAUAAGACAAUGAGUCAGCGUCAGUUGUUUGUUUCAAUUGAGCCUAUAAAUUCUGAGAAUUGUCUGAGAGAAGACAGUUUUCAAGAAACAUCAGUGACCAUAACUGCAGUUCCAGCACCAGUUCAAAAAAGAAGAGACAGCAUUGAACCUAUUGAGCAAGUUGAGGAAGAAAUUUCAUCAUCAGAUUCACAAAAACUGCAAGAAGGUGAAGUUUCAAUACCAAGUUCUACCUCAACAACUUCUGAUGACAAGCAAUAUUCAGAAAUUGUACAUUCAGUUUCUAAUGUUAAAGAUUCUGAUUCAACUGCAGACACUUCUGAAAACAUUCAUAUAGAAAGUAUUGACCCUUCAAAGGACCUAUUUCCAGCCAGGUCAGAAAAUGAAAACACUACUACCUCCACCGUUGAGCAAAUAACUCUUUCUAUCACUGAUGAGGAUAAAAAGAAUGAUGUAAGCAGUCCCAUUAAAGAUUUAAACGAAUACCAAGAGGAAACUUCCCAGAUUAGUGAUAGCAUUUCAAGAGACUUGGAAUUUGUCAUUUCAGAAGAAUCUUCUACAGAUGCAACCACUGAUGUAAAUGAAUGCAUUAAAAAUGACAAUGAUAUUAUUGGAGGCAGCGAAGAAAGCUCGGUAAAAAACCCACUGGAAGAGCUACCUUUUCAACCGGAUAAAAGAGAAGUAACAUCUUCAGAAUUAGAUAAUGUUCCAACUGUAACACAAACCUCCAUAGAACCAAUAGAUGAGGGGUGCAAAUUUAAUUUGACACCAGGGAGCAAUGCUUCUGAUGAUAUUAUUGGAUCAGUAAGUUAUGAAGAAAUUAAAGAUCAUAACAAAGAAGAAAAAUUAAAUAAUGAAUUGGAACCUGCAAAUACAGUUUCUAAGGAUGAAAACAUUAUUCUGACUGAACAGCAGCCCUAAAUAACCAAACGGUAAAGGUUUGACAAAUUCCCUUAUCGAAAACAAAAAAUAAAAGAGAGCAUAAGCCCAUUUUGGUGUUCAGUGUGUUUUUAAAUAGAUUUAAAUGGAAUUAUUUCUGUGAUUGGUACCUACAAUUAUUUAAAAAAUUAUAACAUUAAAAGAGUAUUAUGUCCCAUAACAAUUAUACAAUCCUACAUUAA